UUAGGUGAAUAGGAAAACCCACAAGAAUAUUCUCAACAGUCAGAGCCUGGCCUAUGCGUGGCGAGGAGCACAAAGCAGCCCAGGGCCUGGUGGCAGCAGAACAAGGCCUUUUGUCCCCAUUUUUAAGUGGAGGAGGCUCCAAAGAGUCCAGUUGUUCUGGAGGAGAAAGCAAUAUAUAUUUACAGUUCCAAGCACUGACAAAUCAGGGGACAGUUUUGGGAGCAGGACAAGGGACUACAGUCCCUUCAGUUAUUCUUUUUUCCAUUUUUUAUUUUAAAAGAAUCCUCCAGUUUCUGGAGUGAGAGUGAGGAGUGGAAUUUGCCACCAGCUUCUCAGAGCCUAGAGGCCAUGUUCAGUGUGAGGGAACAGGGAGUUGGGCCAGAUUUUGCUUUUUCAUGUCAAACAACAACACAACAACAGCAAUGGUGGUGUGGUAAUUAUAGAAUUAUGAGUACGGUACUUUGGGGAAUUACUGAUGUACUGUAAAUAUCUAGCCUCUUUUCUUUGAACUUGCUUGAGCACACAACAUGAAGAGGGAAAAGGAGUGCUCAACAGGUAUGACACCCACUAAAUAGAUUUUGUUUCUUAUCAAUGACCAAUGAAGUCAAACAGGCCAGUUGCUCUCUCAGGCUUUUACGCUUUUGUGUCAAUAAUUGUAUAACAUUCAUGUUAUUUCCCCCAACCCCAAUUUUCUUGCAGCCAUUUGCUAAUGUGACUGGUUCUGUGGAUGACCACAAAGUUUGCCGAUGUUCCGUGUUCUUACCAGACACCAUAUUCCCUGUGCAGAGGAUGGAGAGCCUUGAGAUCUUAGCCCAACAGCUCUCAAAUAAAUUUGAGAGUGAGCUUUCAAAAGUAAAAGAGAGGAUCCUGGCCCAGGAAGGAGUUGUGUUGGCUGAAUGGGAACCAUGAAGAGCCAGGGCAAGGAAAUACCAACUGAUAGUGGACGAUCUGGCCCUAGAUGCCAAGAAUCUCCAUAAAUUUGUCUAAUCCAUAUUACCAAGUACACCAAAGAAAUUGCAAUGUAUGAAAAAAAGAUUGUAAACCUAACCAUCAAGAUUGAGCGCAUGGAGAAGAUGAGCAUUUCUUACACUGAACUGGACUUCCAACUGAUGAAACUGGAAAUCAGUGAAAUGGAGAGGCUAGUCACACAGCUGAAAAGUACGCUAACGGGAAGCAAUGUGAUUGUUGAGCAGCUGUAUGGAGAGAUUAAGAAUUUGAGUCUUAUGGUGAAUGAACUGGAAUCGCUGGAUAAGCAUAACAUCCUUGCAGUCCGCCGAGAAAUUCUGGCUCUAAAGAAUAAAUUGCAAGAAUGUGAAGCGAAUACAAACCAGAGCACCACCAGCCACUACAUCCCUCCUGGAAGCUGCAGUCAUGGUGGAAUUGCAAAUGCCAGCCAGCCCUUUGUGAUUCAGCUAAACUGGAGAGGAUUUGACUACAAAUAUGGUGCCUGGGGAAGAUAUACCUCUCCCCUGAACCCUGAAAAGGAGCUCUAUUGGGUUGCGCCACUGAACACUGAUGGAAGAUACCUGGAAUAUUAUAGACUUCAUGAUUCCUUUGAUAAUUUAUUGCUGUUCAGAUACUCUAAUCAAUUUAGAAUUCUAUAUGGCCAGGGCAGUGGCAUGGUUGCUUACAACAACUAUAUGUAUUUUAACCAACAUGGCUCAAGAGAUAUGAGCAAACUAGAUUUAAGCACCAAUACUGUGGUGCUGAAGAAAACUCUUCCAGAUGCUGCUUUUAACAAUCGGUUCUCAUAUGCAGGGGUGUCAUGGCAAGAUCUGGAUUUUGCUGUGGAUGAGAAUGGAUUGUGGGUAAUUUACUCAAAAGAAGCUAGCGCAGGUAAUAUCGUGAUUAGCAGACUUAAUGAAACAACUCUUGAGGUGAUCAGUACAUGGGAAACAAGGCAAUACAAGCCAGCCGUGUCCAAUGCUUUUGUUGUGUGUGGUGUGCUCUAUGCCACAAGGCCCAUCAAUACUAGGAAGGAGGAAAUAUUUUACACAUAUGACACAAACACAGGAAGAGAAGGCAGAACAAGCAUCACUCUAGAUAAAAUGCUAGAAACAAUUCAGAGUAUCAACUACAGCCCUAUAGAUGGGAAACUUUAUGUGUUCAAUGAUGGCUACCUUGUUCAGCAUCAGUUGACCUUCCAGACUCUUCCACAACAAAAGUGAAGCAGAGGAAGCAGAGGUUUGACCUGUUUGUAACUCAUUUGUACUAUCUCCCAAUAUUGCUACUACAUUUCUGAGGGGCAGAAAUGUAAUAUUAACUCAUGGCAACAUGGAAGUUUGGAAAACUUGGGGCAAGGUCCAGCCAAUGUUGAACACUUAAAUUUCAAUUAUUUCACCAGCCUUUGCUUUAUUUCAUUAAGCCUUUGCUUAACAUUCCCAUUGAAAUGAGCAGGACUUAAAACUGCUUAAGCUUGGCUUGAUUGUGCCCAUAACAAUACGCCUUGCGUGGUUCAGACCAAUUGUCCCUUUAGGUCAGUGUUCUUCCUAUGUGUGAUGCUCAUGUCUGUUACUAGGGGGGGGGACCUGGUCUUUUUGGAUUGGGGCAGGGGAAUAUAUUCAUCUCUACCUCAGGGCUUUUCUACUCCAUAUUAUUUGCUAUGCAGACUUACAACAUUUCCUCUUAAAGCACCACUACUGUUAUUACAUUUUCCCAGUGCUCAAAUUGCAGUAGUUCAUUGCAGUGAGAAUUUGGUUCUGCUCCCAGGCUGCGGUUUGUGUGUGUCAUAGGCACCACUUGGUUAGCAUUUGUGGUAUCAGAAUAACACAUGACAACUCCUUGUCUGUACUCUCUCCCCUAUUCCUGUGCCUUAUAGUGACAUGUUUUAUACAUGAUUAUAGUUUUAAAAUAUUCUUUGGAUGUCAUCAACACUCAUCUAGACUUACUAACAAUAAUGAAAUGUUUUAAAGUGGAAAGUUAUAUAAAUUGUAGACUGAGGACUCUUUCAUCCCUCUCCAGCACUCUGAAUGGUGCUUUGCCAAUUUCACUUUGGAUAGUAAGAAUGAAACUGAUAACUUUUUUUGGGACAGGCCCUUUAUGGUUACUACCCCUCUCCACUGACUCGCACAAGUAUAUCUUGUGAAAUCUGGAUGGGGCCUUAAAGUUAUUGCUCAGGGAUAUGUGGAAGGAUCACCAAAAAAUACAGUUAGUGGAUAAGCUCAUGAGGCACACUCCUUCUGUGAAAGCCCAGAUAAUAAAAUUAACAAGAGCUACACAGCAAAGGAUUGUUAUGUUCAUUUCAAUGAGGCUUACUCAAGAGAACAAUCCACAAGGUAGAUUGUGACCUUUAUGUCCACACAGCAUAAUCCAAGCCAGGGUGUAUGCAAAACAAUUUGCCACUAAUGUAAAAGUACUACCAAUUUUAGGCAAAUAUUAAUCUAUCUCUUUGGAUAGAUUCCAGUCCUCAAGCUUCUUGAUGUGAAAAGAGUCCUGCAAAGGUAAUAAAGAUUUAGGCCAAAUGGAGCCUUCCUUUUUUGGACUGGAAUAUAUAAAAAAUGGCUCAUUGCUGUUGUCCCUACUUUUGGAGGAAAUGGGAGAGCAAUACUAUUUGUUUUAUGAAAAGGGGGUCUUAUUUGUGACAUUUUUGACAACAAAUUCCAAGAUACUAUGCAAACAUUUGUGAACCCCUCCUUUGUUGUGAUCAAUGAGUGAAUAAUUGAUUUUUUUGUAGCAAGAAAUUGUAAUAUGCUAUGCCAUCUUUUGCAUUUUUAUUAAUUAUGAAUAAUUGUGAUUAGAAUUUUGAAUGAACUACAUACAGUAAAUUUUCUAUGACUUCUAUAUUUUGUAAAUAAAAGAAAACUCUAGACCACCAUCUAAUACAGAAUUUGGUGUGCUUAAUCUCACAACUGCCUCUCUUCUACUUGUUCAAUGGUUUCUUCCUGCACACUUCUGUUUGCCAUAUAAAUAUCAAAUAAUGAAUAUUUUAAAAACCCAGAAAAUUAAAAGUAGAUUCAUAAUAAAACAUGGAAGUUGUGUUAGCUUGGAUACUGUAAGUGCAUUUGCAUAAAUGUGAUGCUUUGCAUUAUUCAUGUUGAAUGCGGGCUUAUAUUUAUUUGGCACUGAAUGUUGCAGAAAAUGCAUAGCUUUACC